GAUUUCACAGUAAUUUGCUCAUGCUUCUGUUAAAGCAUCAGUGGUGAUCUUUCUAACUAUAAGUUCGUUGAUUUGCUCUCUAACAAUUCUCACAUGGUGCACCGUCAAUGAUCCCUGUGUAUUUGGGUGGGAUAUCCAUAAUAGUAUGUUUCGCUGCAGCUGCUGUGUCUCUCUUGCUGGCUCUUGCAGUUGUGCCUCGGCAAGUAAUGCCGUGGACUGGUUUGCUAUUGAUGUAUGAGUGGACAUUUGCAAUCUUCUUUGUAUUGUUCAGAGGUUAUCUCCAUUUGGUAUAUAAACUUGGAAGGGCAGCAGCAGUUCAAAAGGUUGCACAUGCUGACCAUGAAUCUGAGAAAGGUCGUCAACGACAAACAUCUUCUUGUAAUAUUACUACCUGCUGUUACUGGUCGGGCAUGGCAUUUUUGGCAAUGGUGGCCCCAGCCUUACCAUGCAUUUUCGGGAUUACUGCUCUUUUCGCGAGAGUGAGGAUUGCAAGAACAACAAAUUCGUGCAUGCUUUGCGUCCUUCAACGGGUUGGGUUUGAUGGCUGGUGGAGGCCUUAUAUUGGCAUCUUUCAUGACCUAUUCUUCGGAGCACCUUGCUAUCAUAUCGUUCAUUAGAGGCUUUGAAGCGCGAGAUUUGAGCCGGUAGCAGAAGCAUAUGUUUGUAAUGUUGACAGGCGGCACCAUCUCCACGCAUAAUUCUUUUUUCCUUCUCUGUUGUAACUUAUCACAUAGGCUACCCAAUGAUUGAUGUGUAAAAUAUUGAGGAAUCUUGGCCAGCUUAGAAGUUCUCCUUUUUCAAACAAGAGUGUCUAAACUGUAACAUGCCUUCAUGGAAUGGGAAUCCGAUUUUCGCUUCA